UUUAAGUGGAGUGGAAGAAAUACAAAAACAUGGAGAGAGUCAGACGGAGUAUAUGCAUUCACACGUUUUUUGUCAUGCUCAAGAAAGAUCACAAAACACAGACCACAAGCGAUUCCAACCUUAAACGCAAAGCCCAAGGAAUGAAUCAAUCUGUCUUCAAUUCUCCCUUUUACAUAUAAUAACUGCCAUGCUACUUAGCUGCCGAUUUUAGAGCAUCGAUCAUCGUCUCAGCUGCCCGCCGCCGCCGGUUCUGUAAUUAAUAUGUCUCCUUCAUGUGGAUAUUUCUUUCCUCUCCUUCUUAUCUUACUCAUAUCCGGUGCUGUGAACGGCUCCCACUACCGCCGCGACAACGUCAACAAUGACCGUGCCGGUGCUCUGAUGCACGGCGGCGGAGGUUAUUAUAACAUCACCGAUAAGCAUUAUUGGGUUUCUAGGACGAUAACAGGAAUUCAUGGAUAUGUGAUCGCCGGAAUUUGGUUGCUGUGUGGGGUGGGUUUGGGAAGUUAUGUAAUGAUCAAGAAUUCCAGUGAUAGCUAUGCACAUAUGGUCGACCAUCCAAACUCUUCUUACAUAUUGCUCUUCUGGUUAAUAAUCUUCUUCACCCUUCUCUCCAUAGUUGCAAGCAGCUUUGUUGUGGCAGCAAACCAAUGCAGCAUGCAUAAAACCAAAAAGCUUAUUGAAACCAUGCUUGAUGCUGGUUCUGAUGCUCAACAGGUUAUGCAAAGGACGAAAAACAUCUUGCUAACCUUCCAAACGGUUCUAAGCCCAUACGACUCGGAAUCCAUCCAUAUGUUGAGUGUGACGACACAUUCUCUGAGAAGAGAAUCGGUGUCGGUUAAGCAAUUUAUAGAUACAAGCAGGCACUCAACCAAGACAGCCGUUGUAACUUUAUAUGUGGCGAAUCUUGUUGUUGUCGUUUCCAAUUUGGUAUUUGUGGUAGCUGCAUUAGCCAGUUCCUUCUGAGAAACAUGUGACAUACCAAAUGUGAUUAGACUAAUGGAAUGCUGCUUUGGCUCAGUUUCUUUCUUCUUCCGGUGGCCCCUCGGACUCAUAAUCAUACUCUUUUGCUGCUGGAUAUUGACAGGUCUAAGCUGGUUUUUGACUGGCAUUAAUUUUUUCUUUCACAACUUUGCAGAAGAUACAUGCAAUGCUUUGGAAGAUUUUCAACAGAAUCCUCAAAACAGCAGUCUGCAAUCUGUAGUUCCUUGUACAAAAUACCCAACUUCCAACACCUUGUUGGUUCGAAUUGGUUCCACUAUCCAUAAUUACAUGUCACAGAUUAACUUGAAGCUCGCAGAGCUGCCAGCUCUGGCACGACCAACAGAAACCGAUGAUGAUUUGGUAGUUCAGGAAGUUUGUAACCCGUUUUCCGGUGCACCUAAUUACACCUUCACCCCUGAUAAAUGCCCAACUGAUUCUAUUCCCGUUGGAAACUUACCAAAUAUCCUCUCGCGGUACACGUGUUACAAAUCGUCAAAGAAAUGCCGAGGAGAAGGAAAAUUCUUGCCUGAGGCAUUAUAUGAUGAAUGCAGGGCUUACAGUGAAUCACUACAAGACCUGAUAGACAUAUAUCCUGAUUUGGUGAGCCUUCUAAAGUGCUCCCAAGUAAAACAAGCAUUCUCAGAUAUUGUUCAGUUCCAGUGCAAGCCAUUCAGGAAGGCAGCACGGCGACUAUGGUUAUCGACGCUGCUGUUCUCCGUCUGUUUGGUGAUUCUGACAUUAUUGUGGGCUGCAAAAGCUUACCAGGACAAGGGGAAAUUGUUCUCUCCAUGCUCCAUCUUCCCCGAACGAGUUUAGGCUUGGUGAUUUAGUUCUGUUCAUAGCCCUAUAUAAUAAAUUCAGAUCAAAUGUACAUUAAUUCCUCAUUUUUUGUGUGUGGUUUGGAGUCAAAGUAAAUCUCCAGGCUGCACUUGCUUCAUGGUCUCUAUGUAUAUCAUGAAGUCACAGCAUAAAUUAGGCUUUACACGGCUGCAGAAUAAUCACAAAUGUGUGUUUAUGUAUAUUCUGGUUUCAAUAUGGCAUUGUUGAAGAAUUCAACUUGCUAUUUGUGAAGUAAAUAAAAUUCUCUACACUUUCUUGUUAAUU